AUGGCACUACCAUCGAUAGCCCUGCCGGGCCAGCUUCUCGGCAGCAUUGAAAAGUAUUCUCCGGGCCCCGGAACGCACAUUUAUGAAUCGCAAAUCUACGCCUCAAUAGCAGGACCAGUGGUAUCCGUAGGCUCAGCACCACAACCGAUAGCAGGAAGCAACAAAACUAAGCUACCACCUCUCGUCGCGAUAACCCGGCCGCCCAGCUUCAGCGACCCAGGCAUCCUAGGCCCCAACUCGGGGGGCGGUGUGCCCCUGUUGCCCACGGUCUCCAGCACAGUGCUAGUCCGCAUAACGCGUUUGGGCCCACGCUUCGCCUCGUGCGAGAUCCUCGUCGUCGACGACGCCGUAUGCCGCGAAGCCUUUCUCGCGCAGAUCCGGCGCGAAGAUAUUCGCGCAACGGAAAAGGACAAGAUCAAGAUUGAGGAGAGUUUCCGCGUUGGCGACUUGGUGCGCGGCACCGUGAUUAGUCUGGGUGACAGCGGAAACUACUACGUUGCGACUGAUCGAAAUGAGUACGGCGUUGUACUUGCUAGGAGCGAGGAAGGGCGCGUCAUGCACCCCGUUAGCUGGAGGGAAUUUAGGGACCCAGUCAGUGGAAAGACGGAGUUGAGGAAGGCGGCGAAGCCGUUUUGA